UGGCUACUGCGCAUGGUGCUGGGGGUAGACAGGUCUGUCUCUGAUGCCAAAGAGGGGGGGCCUGCUACAGAUUCUGCUCUGUACAAAAGGUUGAGGGGCUACACCAGACAGCAAGAACCUGGAUGUGGGAACGUCCAAGAAUGGGAGGCAUGAAUCCAGUGCUGGUCUGGUGUCCUGUAAUGCAUGUGCCUUUGAGUUUAGCAUCUGGGGGACUCAGCCAGAUCUGAGAGGGGAAAAGAUUGUGCUUGGACAACAAGGUGUUAUCCUUCCCGUCAGCUUUUUUCUUGUGGGAGAGUGCCAGAGAAGACCUGGAACAGCGCAUGUUCGAGUUGAGAGCGUCUGUGUUCAGGGCAGACGUUCCGGGGCAGAUGGAAGAUGGAAAACCCUUUAGCUAAGGAUUUGGAACAGGGGCUUCACUGCUCAGCUCCAGUUCCUCCCAGCAAUGCUUCUUCCUCCAGUCAUGGAGAUUCCUUGUUUGGUCUGAGUACAGUUGAGUCUCCCAGCCUCAGCUGGCUAGCUGUGAAAUGGGAAUAAGAAUAAGCCUCAGAAGGGUUUUUUCGUUCUGCUGAUGAAACUAUACGUGAAACAUUUUCUUUCCUCUCUGCAGUGCCUGUCUCUACCAUGUGCGAGAUGGGACUGGUGUCUCCAGAUUUGUCUGGCCCAACUCUGUACUGCGAAGAGGCCCCAGACGCUUAUUGCCAGGAGGAUGACCGAUGGCAGCGGCUGCGCACGGCUGUCCGGAAGCUGGAAUUCUGGGAAAACUUUGAGGCUGAGUUGAUAGGCAGCGGCUUCUUCUCCAAAGUGUUCAAGGUUGCUCCGAGCCCUGCAGGCAAGGCCAUGGUGGUCAAGAUUUACAAGAACGAUGCUGAUCAGGAGGGGAUCGUGCGCGAGAUCAGCUUGCUGCAGAAGCUCUCCCAUCCCAACAUUGUCAGGUACCUUGGGAUCUGCGUGAAGGACGACAAGCUGUACCCCAUUCUGGAGUACGUGAACGGCGGGUGUCUGGAAGAGCUUUUGGCCUGCAAAGACGUCUCCCUCAGCUGGAAGGAGAAAGUGGACUUGGCCUCAGACAUCACCCGCGGGAUGGUCUACCUCCACUCCAAGAAUAUCUACCACCGCGACCUCAAUUCCAAGAACUGCCUCAUCCGAGUGACCCAGCGAGGGCGGGAGGCUGUGGUGACCGAUUUCGGGCUGGCCAAGGAAGUGGCAGAGCUCUCGGCAAAGAGUCCGGAGAGGAAGCUCUCCCUGGUGGGCUCGGCCUUCUGGAUGGCUCCUGAAAUGCUGCGGGGAGAGCCUUAUGACCAGAAGGUGGACGUCUUCUCCUUCGGCAUCGUCCUCUGUGAAAUCCUGGGCAGGAUUCCAGCUGACCCCGAGGUGCUGCCACGGACUCAGGAUUACGGUCUGGAUGUGGCUGCCUUUCAGAGCAUGAUAGGAGAAUGUCCCAAGCAAGUUUUGGAUUUGGCUGCCAGCUGUUGCAGGAUGGAAGCCUUCAAGCGCCCCUCCUUCUCCGAGAUCCUGGAGGAACUGGAAGACGCUGCUGAACGACUGGAGUUCUCGACGGAGCAGCAGUCCCCGGGUUGACGCAUCCAGCAGGACACGGACUGAAAUGUACCUGUAUAUCUCGAAAGAAAGGGUUCUGCGGGAGGAAAAGGGGCCUUGCCUUUGGGGCAGGUCAGAGGCUUGUAUAGUGGAAGAUGGAGCACCCUCCCUCCCCCUGCCGUCUCUUUUCUAGCUGUCCAGAUUCUUGUGGACUAAGCAGUAUUGUUGCAAGCAAACCAAUUCUCCCUCCCACAUUUACACGGCUCUGGCAGUGAGCCAAGCUGCAUGCUGCAGGGGAAAGGCUAGGUGCCUGCCACAGCCGUCAGCCCGAGUCCCUCGGGGGCCUGAGUUGCAUCCAGUCGCCAUUCCUCAGACCGCCAUCUCAUCCCCCAGGCUCUAUCGACCCUGCUUCCUAGCGCGGUGAGGUUAGUGGCGAACGAGUGAAAAAACUUCUUCCCGAAAAGGGUAUUUAAGGCCUGGACAGUGGCGCCACUGUAGAGUGAGGUGAGCCCAGCUCUGUCUGUGCACACAGGAGGAGGGAGAGGAGAUGGUCCCUGGAGAAGGGGAGCCCCCUCGGUGUCUUCCUGCUUGCUCGAAGGCAGCCCUGGAGGGCGGUGUCCUCCUGCUGCGUUUUGGGGGCUCCUUGGGACUUGGAUCCUGGGCAGAAGAUGCUGAGUCGAAAAGCCAUCUGCCCUGCAGCCUUGCUUGGCCUCCUCACAGACCCUCACGGUCGCCACUCCUCGGCAACUUGGGUUGUCCUCCCUGCCCCCGAUAGCAGCCGACGGGCACCCUGAUUUCUGAAGCUGGCCACGCCCAGCCUCACGGGAACCUCUUCCCCCCCCCACACUUCUGCUGGCCACAACAGUCCUGAUUGCAGUCGGGCUGAACCUCUGCGGUUCUGCCGUGGGGAGCAGGAGGUGGGGGGGACGUCCCCAGGAAGACGCACAUGUGGGAAAGCGGCUUGGGUAGCACGUCCCGCAGGGAAGGCGUUGAGGGUAGUCUCCAAAUGUCGGGGGACGGAGACCCUAAGCCCGCCCCAGACUGCUGGCAAUGGGGUCCAUCCCCGGAACUCCUAAAGCGGUGUUCCAUCCCAUAAUAGCCCGGUCAUUCUGAUGAGCUGAGGGAAGCGCUGGAGCUUGGCUCCCUGAUUGUACCCUGAGGGCUGGCGCCCCCCCUUAGGGGUCUCCGUUUCUCAGCUUUUGCGGCCGAAGCAAAGAAGGGCCUGGGGCUGACGGCUCCCCUUCGGCAGUCCGGGGGCAGAGCUCCAAACGGAUCUCCUUUCUAUGUAAAUCAAUAAACAGCUUGUGAACUUUUCCCAGAAAC